AUGGAGACGGGUGGACCAUCCUUUAAAGAUCUGCCGUGGACUUCGGGUUUCAUUGCCUUUUCUCGACCACUCCCACAUUUCGAUUCUAUACCAGCCCACCUCUUGAGCUCUGUCUGGGAUGCGCACAAGGACUGGGUGGUCAGUUCUCAGAUUUCUCUACGACGUCUCGGUAUUGCUGACAACGGGAUACACGCAGCCAGCCAUGUCGUGACCGACAUGUCAAGCGUUAAAGUUGUCGGCUCUCGGAAAUGCCAGAAAUGCCUUGAGACCGAACGGGAGUGUCUCGUGGACUCACCGUUGCACUUUCGACCCGUCACGUCUGUCCGGCUGAAGAACGUCGACGGACGGAGGGUUAAGCACGACUUAAGGCAUACUCCGCGCCAGGUCUGGGUAGACCUUCCUUCAGAAGUCCGGUUCGUCGCUCAUGAUCACGAGACGGAUCCUCAAGACCUUGACACCCAGGUUGAAGAGGCUCAAGCUCCAGCUUCUCCUAUACCUCCUCACGCAGCUGGGGCGGAAACGAAUUUCCGUGUUGAGCAUGAUGCUACUUCAGUGGUUUCUCACGACUGGAAUUCGCCGCAUGGUUCAGCCUUGCCUCUAACGCCCCUGCAGGCUUCGCUUCAACACAGCAGCCCGGACUCACAUUUUUCGGCGCAUCCCCAUGCCUCUGUCGUGCUGUCUCCUGUGCAUUCUGGCGGAAGGCCAUCUUCACAGCAUCGCUCACCCUCUGUCCUGCUGAAUUCCGCUGCUGAUACAUCCUCUCCAAACUAUGGACUCGGCACAUGCUGGCCUUUCAAGAAUCAACAUGAAGCACGCCUUCUCCACCAUUACAUUGUGCAUAUGUCGAUGCAGUUCGAUUCUUGCGAUAGGCAACGACAUUUUGGAAAAGAGAUACCGAAGCGAGCUGCACAUUAUCCCGUCAUCAAGAAUGCCAUUUUCGCCGUAGCUUCACGGCAGAUGAGCCUGCUUGCAGGAAGUCAUGAUGACGAAUCUCCUCACCAUGUUAGCGAAUGUCUCCGGAUCUUGAUCAAGGCUUUGGAGGACCCCAUGAGUCAUUUUGACGAGAAUUUGCUGGCCGCCGUCAUUCUCUUGAGGACUCACGAGGAAAUGUCUGAGGACGACGAACGACGCCACCUGUUCGGCACGACACGAAUCUUGAACUCGAUAGCCUCCUUUGCUGCUGAUGGUGGACUGCGCGAGUCGGCUAGCUGGGUGUCACUUAGACAGCACAUCUACAUCUCCCUAACCUCUCAGCAUCCACUCACCAUCAACCUCACGAAUUACCGCCAUUCCAGCGUCUUUCGGAUAUCGGAUGACGAGUCCUGGGCAAAUCGAAUCAUAUUCAUCUUUGCCCAGAUCCUUACCUGUGUCUUUUGCGACGACAACGAGCCGUUGUCCGCGGAGCAGUGGACGGAGCUGGACACGGACGUCACGUCCUGGGAAGUCUCCAAGCCGUGGCACUUUGCGCCCCUGUUCAUUGGGAGCCCUGGAAUCUCUGCACUCGAACCCAACAGGGGUCCGUGGCCGGAGCUUUACGUGUGCAACCCGGCACAAGUGGUUGGACUCCAGCACUACUAUCUCGCUAAAGCCGUCCUGGCCAUCUAUGACCCUCGCCUCUCGAAGCUGAGUUUUGGAUCGUUGCGCUUGAGAAGGGACUCUGAGGCUAUGGUCCGCGAGUGUCUCCGCAUGGUUGUCGGUCUGGCCGUCAGCAACGAGUAUGUCCAGACGGCGAUGUUUCAAGCAUCCCAUAUCCUUUCGGCAUGCGGCAUGUACUUGAACAACCGAGACGAACAGGAGGCUGCGGUCAGCUUCCUUGAGCAGAUGACCCAGAAAAUGGGUUGGCAGACUUCACAUAUCGUCCGGGACCUCAAGGAACAAUGGCAAAGCUAA